UGAAUUUGUUAGCAUCUGAAUCUCGGGAGUACAUUCUGAAAUGUUGGAAUCCAACAAUAUCAUCAAUUUUAAUGGUCUAGCUAAUAGCUCCAGUUACCACACUUUCCUCUUGGAUGAAGAGCGAAGUCGACUCUAUGUCGGAGCAAAGGAUCACAUAUUUUCUUUCAACCUGGUUAACAUCAGAGAAUAUCAAAAGAUUGUUUGGCCUGUCUCUCAUUCCCGAAGGGAUGAGUGCAAGUGGGCUGGAAAAGAUAUUCUGAGAGAAUGUGCUAAUUUCAUCAAGGUGCUUAARGCUUAUAACCAAACACACUUGUAUGCCUGUGGAACGGGGGCCUUCCAUCCAGUGUGCGCCUAUAUUGAAGUUGGAAGCCAUCCUGAGGACAACAUUUUUAAAAUGGAAGAUUCACAUUUUGAAAAUGGCCGAGGGAAAAGCCCUUAUGAUCCUAAAUUGCUGACAGCUUCUCUUUUAGUAGAUGGUGAAUUGUACUCCGGGACYGCAGCGGACUUCAUGGGCAGAGACUUUGCCAUUUUCCGAACGUUGGGGCAUCACCAUCCCAUCCGAACAGAGCAGCAUGAUUCCAGGUGGCUCAAUGAUCCUAGAUUCAUUAGUGUUCACCUGAUACCAGAGAGUGAUAAUCCAGAAGAUGACAAAAUCUACUUCUUCUUCCGUGAAAAUGCAAUUGAUGGGGAGCACACUGGGAAAGCCACUCAUGCCAGAAUAGGGCAGAUCUGUAAGAAUGAYUUUGGUGGACACAGGAGCCUUGUUAACAAAUGGACGACUUUCCUGAAAGCCCGGCUGAUCUGUUCCGUGCCAGGACCCAAUGGCAUCGACACACACUUUGACGAACUGCAGGAUGUGUUUCUAAUGAACUCAAAAGACCCUAAAAAUCCAAUAGUCUAUGGAGUGUUUACAACUUCCAGUAACAUCUUCAAGGGCUCGGCAGUGUGCAUGUACAGCAUGUCGGACGUCAGGAGGGUCUUCCUGGGUCCCUAUGCUCACAGGGACGGCCCCAACUACCAAUGGAUCCCAUAUCAGGGGCGAGUGCCAUAUCCACGACCGGGAACGUGCCCCAGUAAAACCUUUGGAGGCUUUGAUUCUACUAAGGACCUUCCUGAUGAGGUUAUAACGUUUGCAAGAAGUCAUCCAGCCAUGUACAACCCCGUUUUUCCUAUCAACAACCGUCCAAUCAUGAUCAAAACAGAUGUGGAUUACCAGUUCACCCAGAUAGUAGUAGAUCGAGUUGAUGCAGAAGAUGGCCAAUAUGAUGUGAUGUUCAUUGGCACAGAUAUUGGAACAGUUCUUAAAGUGGUUUCAAUUCCUAAGGAGACUUGGCAUGACUUAGAGGAAGUCUUGCUGGAAGAAAUGACAGUCUUUCGGGAACCCACUGUUAUUUCAGCAAUGAAGAUUUCCACAAAACAGCAACAGCUCUACAUUGGCUCAGCCACCGGCGUUUCACAGCUGCCUUUACACCGCUGUGAUGUGUAUGGGAAGGCAUGUGCUGAGUGUUGCCUGGCUAGAGACCCUUACUGUGCCUGGGACGGCUCCUCUUGCUCACGUUACUUCCCCACUGCUAAGAGGCGUACUAGGCGACAAGACAUCCGAAAUGGAGACCCUCUUACUCACUGCUCAGACCUGCAGCAUCAUGAUAACCCAAGUGGCCAGACCCUGGAGGAAAAGAUUAUCUAUGGAAUAGAGAAUAGUAGCACUUUUCUAGAGUGCAGUCCAAAAUCUCAGCGUGCUGUAGUCUAUUGGCAAUUCCAGAAACAAAAUGAUGACCGCAAAGAAGAGAUAAAAGUUAAUGAUCGUAUGAUACGGACAGAACAAGGUUUAUUGCUGCGAAGUCUCCAACGGAGAGACUCUGGUAUUUACUUUUGUCAUGCUGUGGAGCAUGGCUUCAUGCAAACUCUACUCAAAGUGACCCUGGAAGUGAUUGAUACUGAUCACCUGGAAGAGCUGCUCCAUAAAGAAGAAGAUGGUGAUGCCGCCAAGAUCAAGGAUGCCACCAAUAGUAUGACUCCCAGUCAAAAAAUCUGGUAUAGAGACUUCAUGCAGUUAAUCAAUCAUCCCAACCUUAACACAAUGGAUGAGUUCUGUGAGCAGGUUUGGAAAAGAGACCGCAAACAACGUCGGCAAAGGCCUUCUAAUACGCAGGUGAAUACGAAUAAGUGGAAGCACCUACAAGAGAAUAAAAAAGGUAGGAACAGGAGGACCCAUGAAUUUGAGAGGGCACCACGGAGUGUCUGAGCUACAUUACCUCUAGGAACCUCAUCCAAGUAGAAACUUGUAUAGACAGAUAACUGGAAAAAAAUGCAAUAUACAUGAACUUUUUCAUGGCAUUAUGUGGAUGUUUACAAGAGUGGAAAGCUCAAACAAUUUCCACCAGGUUAAAGAAAAAAUCAAUUUCUAACUUUCCUAGUAAAUUCUUCCUCUCUGCACCAAGUCUAAGACCAGAACAACCAGAGUUUCAAGAGAUAACUUACCUGAACCUAGCUUAUUGCUAAAAAAGUUCUGCAGGUGUUCAGCAGGCAGGUUUUGCUUUCUCUGUUGCCUAAGAUAUAAACAAAAUGCUGUAUUUCAUGCUGCCAUCUUAAAGGAAAGAAAAACAAAACCCACCUUCCAUCAUCAACACUGCCAUUCCUAGACUUAUAUAUAAAACUGCAUGAAUUCAUUAAGCUGAUGACCGUCUAAACAUGUGAUUGGACACAAGGAUUUUGUUCUUGUUUUGUCUACCAGUUCUCCUGUUUAUAUUUACUAGAAAAGGAAAACAAUAUCUAAUGAGAUUGUUUGUGGGAACCUGAACAACAUAAGCCAUCCAUCAUCCAGAAGAACAAAAAAUGUGGAGUACACUGGCCUACUACUGAUGACUUCUUCCAGCUUUGAUCUAAAGAUGUAUUUUAUUAAAACUAUAAUUUAAAUGUACCAUGACAAAUAUGCAGCAAACAUUAGCUCUUUUCUAAAAUAGAUUAGACUUUUUGUCUUAGAAUUAUUGUACUUUCUAAUUAUUGGUUUAGAGGAAAAAAAGACAACUUCCAUUUACGAGCUGCUUUACUCUUUCAUUUGGAAACUCUUUCAGGGGAGCUAGUUGCACUGCAGUUAACCUCCUCCCCUCUGUCCCAAUAGUCUAUAUGACAUGUAACUUCAAAGCAGUUUUAAAACUAAGCUACUUUAACAUGAAAUUCUCUGUAUAGCAUGGAAGUCUUCUGCAUUCUUUUUUUUUUUUUUUUUUUUCCUAAGUAUGAUAUUUGGAAUGAUUUAGCUUGUAUAAUAUCUUGCUAUAGAUUGAACCAAUGAAAAGGAGAGCAUUUGAUUUCAGUUGUAUAUUUUUUUAAUUAAAAGUAAAUAACAUUAAAAUACCCUCUACUAAUGACACUCUUGCUUUCUUGGUUCAUAAAUAUAUGUGAAUGCUAAUAUUUAAAUACUGUGGCUCAUAUAUUGUCAUAUAUCUGUGAGCAAAGCUCACCUUCAGUUUGAGGCAUUUUGUUCCCAGCUCAGUGGUUGAAAUAUGUCCACAAUUUUGAUCCUCAGUGCUCCAUCCUUUCUGUGGACCCAGAUCAACCAAAUGCAAAUAAUCUGCAUAAGGCCACGUAAAUAGUAACCUCAUAGCUAUCUCUCUGUUACAAGGUCUAAGCCACUAUUCUGUUUGUGAUAAAGGAGUUGGACUAGAUGAUCUCCAAAGGUCCCUUCCAACCUCAGUCAUUCUGUGAAGCCUGCUGCAGUAAAUUGAUCAAAUUCAGCUUGUGAUGUCUGUUAGUUUAUGCUAACAGAUAAUUUGGUCCUGUACUUCUAUCUUAUGUUUAAUUCUAUAUGCAGGAGAGCAACAGGGUAAAACAGAUAACAAUGCACUUGCACCGUAAGUGUCAGUUUAGGGAUGUAAGUAGUGGAUUUGAUUCACCUCAGCACAGAUGUGCCUUUGGUCCCCAGUUCUAUGGUGUCCAGUUCUUUUGAGGUCAUCUUGAUCCAGUGUCCCAUAUUUUAUCUUGAUAGARUCAGUAAAUAAUUUCAAGUAAUGUUACUGUGGGAAACAAUUGUAGAACAAAGUCCUUAGUUUGCUAAAUGAGCUUUUAUAUAGAAGUGUGUCUGUCUUGAUGACUGAUSUGUUUUGUUGCUUUUCACUCCAGAUUAUUUAAUUUAUGAAUCACAACACUAUCAUCAGCCUUAUCGGACACAAUAUAGCACAACUGCUGUGACAGCAUCUCCCUCAUAAUAUAUCCCAGUCUCCUUGACACUUAGUAAUUAAAGUAUCUUUCUGAUUAGUGAAGUCUUGGCCUCCUUCCCUUCACAGCUAUUUGGUUUUCACUAAAGGCCCAGACAUUUUUGUCCCCUUUAAAUCUUUUGCAGGGAAUGAACUUACAACAUUUUUAUCCUUUUAAUUCUAUAGUAAAAAUUAAUUGAAUAGAGUAUGAUUAGGCUGUAUGGUUCAGGAGAGCACUUGGGUAUUUAAUUUUAGAGCAACCCGAAAUCUCUCUUAUGCUUAACUUGAUGCCUGUGAAGCUUUAAUAGGCAGUUCAAUUCCCAUGCUUUCAUGAGGUGUUGAAUAGGGCUGAAUUAAAACAGAGAUUCAAUAUGUGCUUUCCUGUACAGAAGUAUUAAUUUUUUCAGCUUAGUCCAUGAUUAAUUUGUGAACAUUGUUGUCAGCUGAAGUAUUUAACUGUAAUCACAGAACACUCUUUAGCCUUUUGUGUAGGGCUAUUGUAUACCAUCGAAUCAUUAGAAUACUCUUUGUUACAAAAGGAAACAGUUUUAACAUGAAGCUCAGAGAAUUCAGUGAGAAAAAUGCAGAUUGAUUUCAACAAACUCUAAAUGACUUUAGUUUCUUUUCUCACAUGUUAAUGGUAUUUGUCUGCCUUUUUUUCCCCCUACUAUGCUCAUUUCUACAGCAAUUACUGCAAAAAAUCAACACCAAACCAACCUCUUUCCCUCACUCUUUAAGAAAACAAAGAUUAAAUGAACUGGGUAUGCUGAGAUAUGUUCUUCUCUGCAGAARGGUAAUCAACAGGAACAAAAUUGCAGAAGCUGCAAGGCUUUUACCAUAUCCUAAUAGUCUAAUUGAGCAAUUUAAAUGAUCAGAUUUUACCUACUUCAAUUGUACCAUCAGGUCUCUUUUAAAGGAGUAAUCUUAUUCAUAUCUUUAUAUCAGCUCAUACAAGUAAGAGGGCAGAGGAUCAAGCCAACAGCUGAAAUUGUUGAUUUUCAGGUUAAUAUUAUGAUCCAGUUAAAAUAGAAUUUGGUAUUAAUUUAAAAUGAACUUUUUUUUUUUCAAAGAACGUAGCCCUUAAUGAAUUAAUGUAUAGAAGGAUUCU